AUGGUGAUUAAAGAGGGACACUCCCGAGAGGGCCACUUUCGAAGGAGCGCAUUGGAGGAUGUCUUGGCAUAUAUACCUAUGCUAGGCGGAGGCGAAUUACUCCAAAAAGCUGCAGAGCACGUUCUGGCUCAUGUGCCCGAUCUGGAGGCUCUCGGGAGUCAGAGCUCAGUGCUUGAGGCUGUCUUCGGCCGGAGCGGGCUACCCUUUUCCCGGAGUGCUCUGCUGCGUGUAUCACCAGCCUUUUGGGAGCUUCGCGAAACGGGAUUCCAGCAGGAGCAGCACGACAGGGUGCGCAACACAUCCUAUCUCAGCAGCCUUAAAGACGAAAUGUCCAUCGUAGAACAGCUCCGGAAUCAUCUCCUCAUGCCGACCCGGCCUUGA